UCCUCCGCUUCUCCUCUUUCUUCACAAGCACCCACUGCCAUGCCUUCACUCAACCCCUCCAAGCCCAACCACCACCACCACCACCACAAAUCGCCGAGCCCCGGCGGCGGCGGCGGCGGCGGCCUCUCCGGCGGCGGCGGCCACCACCACCACCAGCAGCACAACGCCUCCUCCUCCUCCCUCUGCACCCACUCCCCCUCAGCCACCCUCGACCUCCUCAUCCUCGUCCUGGUCCUCUUCUCCGGCGCCUUCCUCGUCUCCUCCUACUUCUCCUACAUCUUCAACUCCCUCUCCCUCCUCCUCGCCCACCCCGCCGCCGCCACCGCCACCAUCCACCUCCGCCUCGAUCUCCCCGUCGUCCCCUACGCCCUCGGCUUCGCCGCCUUCUUCGUCGCCGCCGUCGCCCUCCUCGAGUGCUUCUGCGGCGCCCGGUCCCGCCGCUGCGACCGCCAAGGCUGCAAGGGCCUCAAGAAGGCCAUGGAGUUCGAUUUGCAGCUCCAGACGGAGGAGUGCGUGAGAUCGGGCUCCUCCAAGGAGAUCGACCGCCUCCCUUGGAAGGGCGUUACCCAGUCGAACCCUGAUUACGAGUGCCUCCGCGCCGAGCUCCGCAAGAUGGCCCCUCCCAACGGCCGCGCCGUCCUGCUCUUCCGGGCACGCUGCGGCUGCCCCGUCGCCAAGCUCGAGGGCUGGGGGCCCAAGAAGGGCCGGCGGCACAAGAAGGCCCUGGCCGGUGUUGCUCACAAUGGGAAAGGAGAUAAGGGUUGAUUAUGGCGAUCGCUCUGAGGUGGGCUACAUUUCCUCUGUCCGACAUUUCUACCAUCAUGUCCACCACUCAGAUUUCAGUGCCCUUCCUUCUUUCUGGAAGACUUUACCAUUGAUCAGACAGAACUACUUUAAUCUUAUAGGUCAUAUCUUCUUCAAUUAUGUCUGGGAAAAAAACCUUCCAUGUACUGCACAUUUCCAAAUUAUUUUGGAAGGACAUACCUCAAUAUGAUGCGAAUAAGUUCAUAAAUAACAGCUCAGAAUAUCGAAAUUGGAUAGACCUGGAUCAACCUGGAUCAAUAGAGGGUUUCUCGAACUCAUUAAGCUUAGAUUCAAGUUCGCAGGUCAAAGUGUCGCGGCGGGGAUCUGAGUGCUUCGUGUCUGAGUCACUGCAUUUGUCAGAAAUAGUUAUGCACUGAACUUCAUGCUUAGAUUUGUGUUGCACUAAUCUUUAUUCUUGA